UGUGAUACGGUGGCGACUUGACCAGAAGGUGGUGACUAACUUUUAUUGAUUAUUUUUGUUCGCUAUUUGCCGGUCAUUGUCGGAAGGUCCUGGAGACUUCGUGGUCACCGUCGUCGUCGUCGAGGUAGUGUAAUUUGAAUUUAAUUGGUUUAUUGACUGGAAGCAGGGUCGGACCGGCCGGGGUUGGUCAAUUUCCGCGUUUGAGAGCUGGAUUCAGUCGGUAAACAGAGCUGUUCGGUGGAGGUGACGAAGUCGGAUACCAACAACAGGUUGCACGACGCUGGUCGCCGCUUUGUUGCGCGUCACUCUGGAUCCGUUGCGCGAGCGACUUCUCUCUCACGGCCUGCUUGGUAUUUGUGCAAGAGGGGACGCGACGCCGAGUGUGUUGGUGCGAAGCUGUUGGUCAAAUCUCGCGUGAGUUCUUGUUCGUUGUCGGCUCGCUCGUCAGAGAGAGCUUAGCUUGGCUCGCGAGUAGUUGGCUUAAGUACGCGGUCGCUAGUGCACGUUCGAACGCGACCAACAAAACAUCUAGCUGGAGAAGUUUCGUGAGUUCACGACGCGCGGGUGUGAUUCAACAAGUGGUCCAGAGAAGGUGAAGGGAAGGGUCAGGAUUUGAGCUUUAUUUACUUCGCAAAACAGGUUUCUUUGUGGGGACCGGGGAGAGAAGUGGAGUUCGAAGAAAAGAAGAGAAUAAAAAAAACCGCCAAGCGCUCCACCGACUCAGAACGUUGAGCUCCGAGCGUUUUCUGGAGAAAGCUGAAGACCGUUGAAGUUGCUCGACUUCUUCUUGCGAAAGCUCAAAGUUUGAGCGCGCGUGCUCUUAAGUGUCAACACUGUGGAAGCUGCGUCUAGUGUGAUUCGAGUGUGUCUGCACUGAGAAAAAUCCGUGCCAAGAAGUCGCGUCAAGUGUUCGUCGGCCCAAAAUUUCGAGUGUUUUUCGUUUCUUUUUCCCCCUCGACAAGAAGAAGCUCGAGCUUCUUUUUACGGCCCGCGUUAGGCUCCAAAACGCGAGAGAAAGAGAACGUGUCCCCGCCGCGCGUGUGCUCCGGUUCCCGUUCCCGUUGAAUCUUCGCAGUGAGCCCCGAAACUAAGCCCCCCGCCGAAAAAAAAGCCCCAGCGAAGCGAAUCAGAAGAGUUGGAAAAAAAAUCGAACAAAAUGGUAGACAAGCAGCAAUUUUUCCUGCCGUGUUUUGUGGUCUGCGCUAUUUUCUCAGCCAUUAUCAGCGCACAGUCACAAAUCCGGGUGGACACCGAUCCAGCCCAGGUGGUGGUCACCGAGAAUCAGCGAAAUGUUAGCCUCAUGUGCCGCGUCGGACGGCCGAUUCAGUUUUGCACAUUCACCCUGCCCAGUUCGAGCCAACAGGUGGCGUUGACGCCGGGCCAGCCGGCGGCCAACGGGCUGCAGUACUUUGGCGAAGGUUACCAGAAGGGCCAGUGCGGCGUCACGAUAGACCGGAUAACGACGGCCCACAACGGCCAGGUCAAGUGUUCGGUGUUUGUGGACGGCCUCAGCGCCGAGGGGCUGAUCGAUGUUGUCGUGGCAGUGUCCCCGUCACAGCCAACAAUUCAGUUGGAACCGGAGACCACCUACUUUGAAGCUGGAAAGCAGAUCACCGCUCAUUGCGUGACCACCGGAGGAAAUCCGGAUCCCCAGCUCGCCUGGUUCUUGGAAAAUGACCCAAUCUACGACGGCGUCGACAAGCAGCAGGACUUUGAACAGGACGGAACCACGGGAACCGCGCUGACCCUGCGCCGCAUCAUCAACGGUAACGACAACGGCAAGCGACUCAUCUGCCAGGCCAGACACCUUGCUUACCCCGAGGGAUCCUCGCAGACCAGCCUGCAGUUGGCCGUUUCUUUCCCCCCACUGUACCUGCCAGAGCACACCAUCCAUGGGCUGACCCUCGGACGUACCGUCGAUGUUACGCUAGUCAUCGAAGCUAACCCCAAGCCGCGCACCCACUGGACCGUCGACGGAGUCGGCAUCGAGGAGGGCACGGAACAGGAUCGAUUCGCGGCGCGAGUGCCUGAGCAACUGGAAUCCGGCGCGUACAACGUCACGCUGACCAUCGCCGGCCUCACGCUGGAGGACCUCACGAAAAAGUACACCCUCCGAGCGUCCAACGACUUUGGCGUGCAGGACUACACCGUGAUGCUGAGCUCGCUGGACGCCGAGGUGGACGAGUCGGGCGGCGUCGGCAUCGGUGGCAUCAUUGGCAUUGUCCUGGCGGCGCUGAUCGUGCUGGCCGCCGUUGCGCUCAUCCUGGUUGCGCGGGCCACCGGCAGAUGGUGCUUCCGAGGUGCGUCCCUAAACACCGACAUCGGGCCCGACUCGGAGGCGCAAAUCGCCCCGCACUCGCACGAGGACCUCCACGACGAGAAGCUGCAGCAGCAAAAUCCGGCCGUCCACUACGGCGAGGGGGAUGAGAAGAGCGCGGCGACGACGGAUUCGGCCAAGCCGGCGGCGGAAAAGGACGCCAAGGAGAAGAACGGUGGAACGAAGCAGGAGAACGGCAAGAAGCACGAAAAUGGAAAGGCCGACAAGACGAACACGCCGGUGUAAGAGGGGGGAUUGUUAGUGAAGGGAAAAGUGAGGUUAGGAUUUGGGGGUUUUCGGAUUGAUUGAUGAAACAAAUGGAAAAACAUUGUAUUAAUUUUAAAAUCAUGACAAUUGUCGAAAAUUGUAACCAAACCGUCCAACAGCACUUUAAAAUGCUGUGUUUUUCAAGACUCUCUUAACACAAACUGUUAUUUUUGAAUAAAUCAUCUUUUGUUUUGAUAAAUGUGAUGAAAUUAAAAGCCAUAAAUUAAAUCACUGUAUCAUUAUCACUUAAAGAGUCAUCUUUAAAGCAAAACCAUUUUUUGUUUCAUCAAUCUCUCAGAAAUAAAGUGUCCACCAAAACCGCAAAACGCAAGAAUAAUUAGUCCUCAACCCUUAAAAAACUAGAAACGAAUCCAUCAUCAGACAACCAUAAACGACAGAGGACAAAGCAGUGCACAGCUGGAAAAUAAAAACCAGAGUUGUUGUCUUUCUAACUUAUAAAUCACUCAAGUAACUUCUUUUACACAUAAUUACGAAUUCGUUUAGACUGAAAUAUUUUAUGCUUUUUCAUAAUUUCGUAGCCGGCCUGUUUGGUGUCCAAAACGUUUGUAAAUUUGUUGAUUAUUGAAAAUGUACAGAUUCAAUGGCACAAUAUUUUCAACAUAUUUUAAAUAUCCCUGAAACUAUCAAGAAAUUUUGACAAAUUUCAAAAUUUAUUUAAAAAGUUUUUGAUUUGGAACUUGAUCGUAUUAGUUUUAAAUAUCGAAAAUUAGUUUUUUUUUUCAAACUUUAUUGUAUUAUUUGAUUUUUUUUUAUGUCUCUUUGUAUUGAAACAAAUGAUGACAACUGCUUUCACCCACAAUUAAAAAUAACUUAUGACAGAAAGAUUUCGUAUUUUUUUCGUUAUUUCGUAGCCGGACUGUGAAUGCACACAACUUCUGUAAAUUUGUUCAUUAUUGAAAAUGUAAUAAGUUAAUGACACAAUUUGAUAUUAUUUUUUUAAAUAAUACAUAUUUCUGAAAAUAUCGAGAAAUUUUGACAUAUUCCAAAAUUAUUGAAAAAAGCUGAUGAUUUGAAGCUGAAUUUUAUUUAUUUUCUAUUACAAAAUUAGCUUUUUUAAUUUUAAUCUCUUCUUUUUAAAUUUUUUAAAUUCUAAUCUCUUCACAUUUCCAUAAAUUUUAUUUCUUCAGUUUUUUUUCUGAAGUUAUAAUUUUUUUUAACUUUUAUUAUUUAAAAAAAAUAUUCAGCUUAACUGGCAACCCUGCUUAUAGAUAUGAGUACUUGAGUAUAAUUUUCUUUACAUUCUCAUGUCGGAUGUCGUAAAUUUUGAUAAACGCAGUCUUGUCUUACUGUUCAAAGUUCGAAAGGUGUUGGAUCGACUAUUUAACGGCACAAAUGUUUUGAAGAUCUGGCAACACUGCAAAUCAAAGCUUGAAUUUGGAAAUGUCUUUCUGAAUUUAUCUCUGAAUUGGCGUUUCAAGAACUUUCUAAUAAAAAAAAUAUUUGAAGAGAAGUUGAAGAUCUAGCAACACUGUCAUGCAAUUCCGAUUUAAUUAUUUUUAAUAUACGGCAACACUGUCUUAAAACACUGAUACUGAAGUGGAGUUAAUUUUUUUUUAAACUGCGUCAUUUAUAUUCUUUCAACUGAUUCUAAAUUUUUGAAAAUCUGACAGCACUGCCAUAAAUUAUAAAAAUUUGAGUAAUAUUUUUUAGACUUCUCUGGCCGGAUGUUGCAGCCUUAAAAAACAAAUUUGACUGUAUUUCUGUACAUCAUUUGAACUCUUAAGAUCUGGCAACACUUUGAUAUGUUUAGAUAUUGUAAAUUUGACGAAUCUGGCAUUUAUUUAUUACAUUUUUUUAGACGGCUUUGAAAAAACUGUCACAUUGGAAGCACUGCCAAUUUCAAAAUAUGUUUGGAUUAUCAUCGAAGAAAAUUAGAAAAAAUAACAUUCCAAAAAAGUAAUAUAAGUAACAAUCAAAGUUGUAAAAAAUUCAAAACAAUUGAAAGUUUUGAUUCUGUACACAUUGUUUGAAAUUGUUAUGAAAACAUAAAAUCAACAGAAAUCAAAAUUUUAAUAAUUACAGUGCAUGAAAAAACUUUAGUUUUCAUUGUCCAACUGUGCUCAAACGACUUCACCCUCAUAAAAAAACGCACAAUAAUUAAUAAACACGUGCUAAACCAACAGUGACAAAGACAAAGCAGAGUGCAAACCCACAAAGAUCUUCAAACAUUCCAUGACUAUAGCAACGGACCUCUUUCUCUGACACGAAAGCUUUGACGAGCGGCCAUUUUUCACUCUGACUAUCAAAACGAAAUUAAGACAAAAGUGGCGCAAGACAAACUGGCACCCGUUUUACUCGAAAAAAAAAUCUCUGGACAAAAUCAUAAACCGUUUCGGGUUUGACUUUUUUUUUAAAGAGAAAACGGCACAAAAAAAGCGAAAAAGCAACUGACGGAUGAAAAAUGUACUUAAUUGUAGGGAAAAUGAAGCAUUUGUUUUAAUUUUAUGGCGUCGGCGGGACAGAAUCUCGCUCCCCCUCCCGUUGGGGAAUGCGCUUUGUCUCGUCCGUGACGAGACAGUGAAGAAAAAAGAAAGAAGAAGGAAAAAUAAGUAUGAUUGUUAUUAAAUUAUAUCCUAGCAAAACGAAUGGAACGAGAUCUGCAAGAAGAGUUGAAAAAAGUUCGUAUUUAAAACAUUUUCCUUAAAAAAACAAAAAGAAUCGUCUUUUUUAGAAGAGUAGUUAAUUGAAAACAAAAAAGGCGACCCUAGUUUGUAAGAGAAGCGAGCGAGAAGGUGUUUAAAAUUUAACAAAUCAUCUGCACAAAGUGUCCAUAUUCAGGAGAAAGCGCUAGCCGAAAAGUAGCAAUCACGACUUAGAACUAAUAACUUGUAGUAUUUAGCUUGUAGUCAGAGGUAGAGAUGUGAAA